GAAGAAUUAUUUGAAAACCCUUGUUCUGUCGAUGUUGAGUCAGAAGAUUUCCAGAGCCUGCCCCCUGAAGUAAAGCACGAGAUCCUUACUGACAUGAAAGCAUUCACAAAAAGAAGAAGAACGCUGUAUGAGGCAAUGCCUGAGGGGUCCAGUGACUUCUCCCAGUAUCAGCUGAAAGGACUGCUUAAGAAAAGCAGCCUGAAUCGACAACUAGAGGAUGUGGAAAAGGAGAUGAACCAGCAGUACUCUGGCCAGAUCCAGAGCCAGUAUGAGAAUGACGGGGGCUUCUUGAAAGAAGUCGAAACCAGGAGGGUCGUGUCUGAAGACACCUCUCACUACAUAUUUCUUCCAGGUAUCCAGUCCAAAGAAGGUGUCUCCAGAGAUCUGGCAACGACGUCUUCUGGCUAUUCUUCUGCAAGGCCUCAAGGUUCAAAGCACAGUACUGAGACCAACAAGACUUCAGUCAGUGUAACGCCACCUCCAUGUGACUUCUUGAAGACUGAAUCAACUAACAGUACUGUCCCUGCGCCACCUUCUCCCAGAACCAUGCGGGCCAUCCAGGCUGCCAUGAUGGGAAGCAGUUCAGAAGAGGAGACUGAAGAUGACAGGAACCAUCAGCUUGAGUUAGGUAAAGCCAGGACUGGCCCUGUUGCGGAUACACGCAGUGUCUCACCAAGAACACUGAGGGCCAUUGAGGAAGCUUUGUGUGAGGAGGAAGAGGAGGUUCAACCACCUGGGUCCAGGAAUGUAAGUCAAGCAGGACGAGCUCUCGUGAGCAAGCUUCUUUCCAGUAGUUCAGAUGAGGAGGACUGGAAACCUGAAGAACAGAGCGGAAAAGAACUCCGAGUUCUGCCUACUACUGGGGAAUCAGAAAAUGAAACCCUUAACUCAGAGAGUAAACUGGACAAAGAGAAGUACAUGUUGGAAACAGAUAUGAGUAUACCUGAAGAGGCAUAUGACCCUUCUCUGGAUAAAACGCGCUCUUCUGAUUCAGGUGAAAAAGGAAGAGAUGAGGAAAAACAGACUUCCAAAAUGGACUCAGGUUCUCUGCGAGAUGGUGACGUGGUGCUGCAGCCACUGAGGCCCUCGACACAGUCGGUUCCCUUAAGCCCUUCGAACUUCACAGAUUUGGCCCAAAAUGGAAAAGUUGAACUUUCAGGGGCAUCACUUCAGCAGCCAGACAAGGAUGCUUUUGACAGACAGAGUGGGCUUUCAUUUACUCCAGGACCAGCCAGUCUUACUGAGGAAAGAAUGGAAAAUCAUUCUCGGUCUGAAGAGAGCGAUUCUGAUGAUAGCUUCAUUGAAGUGAAUGCUGAACUAAGUAGUGAGUUUCAGGAUGAAACUGACCGGGAGAAAGAAAUGGGGGCUACCUCUUCGGUGGCUGCAAAGGGAGAUCAUGAAGGUACCGCUGAGAGAUUUCCAGAAAAUGCUGGCGAAAAUGCAGAGCUGACCAUACAGCAAACUGUGGAAACCAGAGGCGAGGAGGAGGAUGCAGUUAACGAAUGGCAGGAUAUCAGUAUGGAAGAACUGGAAGGCUUGGAGGCCAACCUUUCGGUUGAGCAAAACGCACUCCGGGCUCAGAAACAGCAGCAGGAGCGUAUCGCUGCCACUGUGACUGGACAGAUGUUCUUAGAAAGCCAGGAACUUCUGCGCCUUUUUGGCAUUCCGUACAUUGAGGCCCCAAUGGAGGCAGAGGCUCAGUGUGCUGUUUUGGACCUGACUGAUCAGACCUCUGGGACCAUCACAGAUGACAGUGAUAUUUGGUUGUUUGGAGCCCGGCAUGUUUACAAAAACUUCUUCAGUCAGAAGAAAUAUGUGGAAUAUUAUCAGUACGUGGACUUCCAGAAUCAACUAGGCUUAGAUCGAAACAAGUUAAUUAGUUUGGCGUACCUGCUCGGGAGUGACUACACAGAAGGCAUUCCUAACGUUGGUUACGUCACAGCGAUGGAGAUUUUGAAUGAAUUUCCCGGGCGAGGAAUGGAGCCCCUUCUCCAGCUUGGGGAGUGGUGGGCGGAAGCUCAGAAGAGCAAGAAGACAUGUCCCAAUCCACAUGAUACAAAAGUGAAGACAAAAUUGCGGCAGUUGCAGCUGACGCCUGGCUUCCCAAAUCCUGUGGUAGCUGAAGCUUAUCUGCACCCAGUGGUAGAUGAGUCGAAGGGAUCCUUCGUUUGGGGAAGACCAGACUUGGAACAGAUCAGAGAGUUUUGCCAGAGUCAUUUUGGCUGGACCAAGUUGAAAACGGAUGAAGUCCUGCUGCCUGUCCUCAAACAGCUGAAUGCUCAGCAGACACAGCUCCGUAUCGAUUCCUUCUUCAGACUAGCGCAACAAGAGAAGCAGGCCAUCAAGAGUCAAAGGCUGCGCAGGGCUGUGACUUGCAUGAGGAGGAAAGAGAAGGAGGAGGAGGAAAGCGAAGUCUUCCAGGCUACAACAGCCCUUAAGGGAAGGGAAGGGAAGGAGGAAGGUGUGACUGGAGUCCCAAACCGCAGGGGCAAGAGAAAAAAAGACCCAUCGCCCAAACAGGAGAGCUUUUUUGGUGGCGGUUUCAUAGGGGAGGUGCAGCUGACAGAGUCAUCCAGUGGGUCAUCAAGUGACCAAUCAGAGAAUGAAGCCUCAGGGAGGCGCCCCAGAGGGAAGAACACCAAGAUGCUCAAAACGAGCGCUGCGAGUCACGAGGCCCCUUUGGGGCAUGGAAUGCCACGAGAGGAAACGGGGAAUAGUAGCUCCAGCACAGAGGAGGAAGCGACUAUGGUGACUGCGAGGCCUGUUUUUGAGGGCAAAAAGGCAAAGGGACGGUCUUCAAGAGGAAGAAGAAAGAAAUAAUGUCAGCGGCAAAAUACAAUACAGGCACUUCUUAAAAGCUCUUUUCUAAAUAGCACCAUGAAAUCUUCACAAGAAAAAAGGGUCCGUUGUCCCCCUCUCUCCCACUUCCCUCCCUUCUGUAUAGAUUAGCACUAUUUAAAUGAGACAUUUUAAAUAUAGCAAGCAUGAACUGUAAUAUUUAAAACUUUGUUAAGAGGCUAAUGUCAGAUCCUCUUCCCCUGUGAGCCCCCCCUAUCUAGAAAAUUCCCAUUAGAAUAAAAUUGAGUCCUGCCUCCCUUGAGAGGUUUCUGAAGGUGAUCGGUAAUAUAGAUGUUUCUCAUAGUGGAAAUGAAAUCGUUCUGUAAUGUCGCCAAUCCGUCACUCAGCUUCACGCUUCGUGAAAUGUGAUAAGUAGCAUACGGUACCGUACAGGGUUUCCGCAUUCAGCUAGGAGGAAUAUUUUGGGCCACUUCACAUUCUCCAUUCCCUGUUGUUUGCCUUACACUGAAAAUCAUUUUAAAUGUGGCAUUAAGUGCAAUGUUUCAUCCAACGGCAGUGGUGAUGCAUAGGAAAUGGAGGAUGGGAGAGGGGCACGGGUGACUUUUCAGUGGUUGUUGCAGAUUUGCCACCCUUGAAAUUAUCCCUUAAACCAGUUUUGAUUUCAGAUUGCAACAUUUUGGAAUAACUUUGUUCUCUUUGUUGGGGGCAAAGUAAUUGUAUGCCACUCCAGGUUUGGUGCCUUCCAGAAGGUUGUUUUCCAAGCCAAUUGUCGAGAAAGAUGCAAGUUCACUAAAAUUUACUUGAGUAAAGCCGACUCAACAAAGAGUCAGGCUGGGCUUCCGCUCUUUUCCUUUGAAUAUCAGCGCCUGAAACACCGUCUAACCAGCCUUGCCGAUUAUUACUUA